AUGAAAAAAACCAUUAGCGAUAAAUAUCCAAUACCGAAUAUAUCGGAUGUACUAGAUAAGUUAGGAAAUUGCCAAUAUUUCACAACCUUUGAUUUAACCAGUGGAUUUUACCAGGUCGAAAUGAACCCCAGUGACAUACCGAAAACAGCAUUCAACGUUGAACAUGGGCAUUUCGAGUUCUUACGGAUGCCCAUGGGCCUGAAGAACUCGCCAUCCACGUUUCAGCGUGUCAUGGAUAACGUGCUCCGUGACCUCCAAAAUACAGUUUGUCUCGUGUACUUAGACGAUAUUAUUGUGUUCAGCACUUCCUUACAAGAACACAUGGUAAAUCUCGAGAAAGUAUUUCAGAAACUACGGGAAUCCAAUUUUAAAAUACAAAUGGAUAAAUCCGAGUUUCUUAAAUUGGAAACCGCUUAUUUAGGACAUAUAAUCAGUAAAGACGGCAUUAAGCCAAAUCCUAGUAAAAUAUCAGCCAUAGAAAAGUAUCCAUUACCCAAAACCGCAAAAGAGAUUAAACAGUUUUUAGGCCUUAUAGAAUAUUAUCGGAAGUUCAUCCCAGACUUUGCACGAAUUACUAAACCUCUGACACAAUGUCUAAAAAAGGGACGAAAAAUAACUCUUGACACAGACUAUAUUAACUGCUUCGAAAAGUGCAAGACUCUCUUGACUAACGACCCAAUCCUUCAAUAUCCUGACUUCAACAAAGAAUUCAUCCUGACCACUGACGCAUUCAAUGUAGCAAUAGGAGCCAUCCUAUCUCAGGGACCCAUAGGAUUAGACAAACCUGUAUGUUACGCUUCUAGAACUCUAAAUGAGAGCGAAGUUAACUACAGCACUAUAGAGAAAGAACUCUUUGCCAUCGUGUGGGCAACCAAGUACUUUAGACCCUAA